AUGACAGAGAAAAUUCAUAAACAUAAUGAAUAUAAGAACUUCCCCUGUAUUUCAGAACUUGAUGAACAAGUGAUUCAUGAUGGAAAGAAAACCUAUCAAUGUAAUGAAUAUGGGAAAGCCUUCCAUCAAGAAACUGAACAUACACCAAAUCAGAGAGUUCAUUCUGAAGGGACAUUUUAUGAAUGUAUUGAAUGUGGGAAGGUCUUUGCUUGGAAUUCAAGACUUGCUUUACAUCGACGAAUUCAUACAGGAGAAAAACCUCAUGAAUGCGGUGAAUGUGGGAAAGCCUUCAACCAGAGAAUACACCUUACUCAACAUCAGAAAAUUCAUACUGGAGAAAAACCUUAUGAAUGUAACGAAUGUGGAAAGAAGUUCAACCAGAAAAUACACCUCAUUCUACAUCAAAGAAUUCAUACAGGAGAGAAACCUUAUGAAUGUAAUGAAUGUGGAAAGGCCUUUCGCAGGGGAGAGCAACUUACUCGACAUCUGGUAAUUCAUACUGGAGAGAAACCUUUUGAAUGUAAUGAAUGUGGAAAGGCCUUUUGCCAUAGAAUACAACUUUCUCAACAUCAAAGAAUUCAUACUGGAGAAAAACCAUUUGAAUGCAAUGAAUGCGGAAGAGACUUCAGCCGGAGCACAUACCUCACUGAACAUCAGAGAAUUCAUACUGGAGAAAGACCUUUUGAAUGCAAUGAAUGUCCUAAAGCCUUCCGCUGCAAAAGACUACUUACUCAGCAUCAAAGAAUUCAUACUAGAGAAAAACCUUAUGAAUGCAGUGAAUGUGGCAAGACCUUUUGCUCUCUUAACAAUGUCCUUCUGAAGCUAUGGCACUGA